CCCAGUCCUGUAGCCUUGAUGUGGUUUCAAAGCCACCCAGAUUCAGGGCGAGUGACAUCCUGUUUGUUUCUAGAUCAGGUGCCUGCUUUGGCCGGGCUUUCUGCAGUCUCCGAUCCCUUGUUUUGAUAUCCCAGGGAUUGUCAUGAAGGAUGCAUCCAUUUGGUAAAGAAGAGUCUGCAUCCCUGGAGCAACUUUUCCAGUUUUUCUGUGAAUGUCUACGGAGGGGAGAGUGGGAACUUGCCCAGGCCUGCAUCCCUCAGUUACAUCAGUGGCAGGAUGGCUCUGAGAAAGUGGAAAGGAUCCUGCAUGCGCUAAUAGUCUGCCCUUCCCAUUUGAGGUAUAGCUCCAGUCGAAGUCCUCAAAAGCUUGCUUGGUUUUGGCUCCUUGUAUUACGGAAGUGGCUAGCAUGGGAUAAGAAAACAGUACCAGUAGCUCUCCAGAGAGAAACUGAGUUCUUACUUCUCUUAGAAGAACUGGAGAAGGACGUCCCUCACACAGUUCUAAAGGAGCUGUACAAAACCUUCGAAGACAUACAUGUGUUGAGUAGGAAACAAAGGGAUGGAUCUAUACCAAAAUUUAGUGCAGAAGUGACUGCUGCUCUCCGAAAGAUGCUGUUGCAUUCUCCACAGAAGCUGCAAGCCAUAUUAGAGCUGCUUCAGAGAGAGCUUGUUGAGCACAGCUCUGUGCUAACACAUGGUUAUUCACCAAAACACAUCUUUAUUGACUUUCUCUGGGACUCCCUAAAGCAUCUGAAGCAUCUCCAGCUAAAUCAAAAAUUACUGGAAUCAGAUCAGAGCAAGACUGUGGAUGAAAUCUAUAAUGCUCUUAGCCUGUUGAAUGUAGAGGCGGAGAGCCUGACAGGAGAGCUGCGCCUUCUCUGCAGGGAGCUUCUGGAUGCUUGCUGGGGUGAACACGGCCUGCUGAAGGAGGAGAGGUUGCUUGGCUGCCUUCUCAGAAAAGGCAGCCAUGUCUUGCUCAGCCUCUUUAGCAGUAUGUUUCUUGAGAAGACAAGGGAGAAACUUCUGGGGCCAAAAUCACCCGGAAAAGGUACAUCAGAACAGCUGGAUACUGAACGGGCCACGAUAGCAUUGUUCCUAGAUCAUGAGCCAGCUUAUUCUUGGAAAGCUGCCUAUUUUUACUGUAUCAGCAGCAGCAAGCACUUUUUGGAACAGAUUCUGGUCACAGCGUUAUCUUUGAUGAAAAGGGAAGAAUUCUCCAGCAUCAGCCGCUUGUUGAGACGGGAAUUCAGCUAUCUCAGUCGCCUCCUGAUAUUGCUCGGAUGGACUCAGUGUCGCAGCUUAGGAUCUGCCAAGAUGCUGUUGGACACUCUUCACAAAUCUCAGGGUCUCUAUAAUGACUCAGCAUUGAAAGACUUCUGUGAUGGGCUUUGUGCUCAAGUUGAGGUCCUGGAGUGGUGCAUUCAACAGAAUAGUAAUAUUAUCCCAGAAAAUGUUCUUCUGCAGUACCUGCACAGUUUGGAGAGCCAUUCUUCCCUUUACCUUCUCCAUCAUCUUACAAGCCUCUUGGCCUUGAAUGAAGAAGCUGUUAUUGAGCUUCUCCAGAAAAAUCCAGUCAGGGAAACAGAGUCUAAAGAUUCAGCGAUGCCAGUUUCUAGCCUUUUGAGUCAGCGACGCAACCUAGUUCUUUUCCAGGCAUUUUGUGCCAUGAAAUACGCUAUCUAUGCACUCUGUGUCAAUGCACACAAGGCUUCAAAUUGCAAAGACUGUGCAAGGUGUUUCAGCAGGAAUUUCCCAGAAGAACUGCCUGAUCAAAAUGAACAAGCACAUCAUCUUACUCACCCAGACUAUGCAGAUACCUUUUCUCAGUAUCUUUCCAAGUGCCAGCAUUUUUUAAGAACAGUACCUCUUCCUCUACGCCUGGAGCUUCUGGAGAACAUCUUCUCCUUGCUCUUUGUUUCCUGCAGCGACCUCUGCAAUACUGAGCUCCGAAGGGAAGAUAACAUGGAAGGGGCUGAUUUUGAGGCAAGGAACUGUGGGGACAGGGAGUCAGAGCAUUGCGCCAGUAGAGAUUCCUCCGCUUCAGCAAGUCCACAACAUCCUGUAGGCCCUGAAAGGAGACCCACAGUGCAUCCUGCCAUUUCAUCCCCACAAUAUAAUGAGGUCCAAAAGCAGGCUGAAUUGAACAUGAAUGGUAGCAACUCUGAUUCCUUCAUACUGAGCCAUCUGGACUUGAAACAUUUCACCCAUGAUAUCUGUGGAUUUUUAGUAGAUGAUGUAGCAAUGGAGAUUUUUCUCAAAAUGCUCCAGGACCAUUUAAAAGAAGUGGAAAGUUCUUCCCCUUGGGAUUCAAAACAUGCAGCUCAGGAGGAGCUAGCAUUGCUGGAUUGUUUGAAUUUAUCUGUAAAUAGAGACGGUUUUGAGUGUCGUGUCCAGCUGUUCUCCAAGUACCUCUCUGAAGCUCAGUGGCGGCACAAAAUAGUUCUGAGCAACAGAAAUGCAGGCAGUCAGCGUGCUUCCAUUAGAACACACCGCAAUAUAACAAGAGAACCUGCCUUGAAAAAGCACACUCGAUCUCAGAGAGACAAAUCAGAGUGCAAGGUGGAGGCUUCAAGCCCAGUGUCAGAGAGCACAAGCAGCGAAUUAAGUAUCACCAGUGCAUCAGAAGAAAGUGCUAGUACCCUUUCUGACUGGAGUGAUGCCGAAUAUAGGAUAAAACCUCAGCAGAAGUCCCUCAUCCCAAUGAUGCUUUCCCCACCAGAAUCUCUUCUUGUUGCCUGUAUCUUGAGAGGAAAUUAUGUAGAAGCCCAUCAGGUGGCUAUUAUGUUUGGGCUGGAAAAUUCUGCUUCCUAUGGAGAGCUAAUUUUUUUUGAGCGCUACCAAGAAGUAAUCCGGGAGUUGGCAAAUGUAGAGCAUAAGAUUGAACAUCAGUCCUCAGAGGGAUCUGGAACUCUCAAACAGUCUGGUGGUGGCCGCUCAACACUUCAGGCCAUCGGGAGUGCAGCAGCAGCAGGUAUGGUGUUUUAUUCCAUUUCGGACGUUACCGAUAAGCUGCUUGCCCCUUCUGACAGCCCAGUCCCUAUGUUACAAGAAGACUUCUGGGCCAGCAGCCUCCAACUAGAACAGACUGACCCAUUGUGUAAUGUCCUGGAAGGCCUCUGCCCCUCCGCUAUGGCCAUAUUCGAUUUAGCUUCUACUCAGUGCCACUUGUGGAAAACCUGCAAAUAUCUCUUAGAAGCUGCAGAGAGAAGGUUGCACAACAGCCUCGAUGUUAAGGGCCGAAGACAUGAUUCUGUUCUAAAUUGUUCUGAUGGGUUGAGGGGCUUCCCAGCAGUUCUUCAAGAAAUUAGUAAAAUUAUCAAUACUGCACAAGGACAGCCUAAAUCAGAAAUCUCAGAUGAGAAAAUCAGUAGUCACUUCCACUGCAGCAUUGUGGACCUGCUCCAGUCUUGCUAUCCAUUCCUGACUGAGAAUUGUAUUACUAAUCAUAUUGUUGUAUCACAGCACUUUGACCAAAUACUGCAAAAACUGGCACAUGUAGAAGAUUCUUCAGAUUCCAAAGGGAACCUCCUUGCCUCUUUGAUGGAACAGGCGUCUUUGAAACAGGCAGAAAUAGAGGCACAUCCGGUUUGCAAUCAGAUCAAACUUUUGCUAAGAACUCUAGACCAACAUUCUCAGACUAUGCAAGAAAGCCACACGCAAGACAGCCCUCUGCAGAAUAUCUAUGUGCAAAAGUUUUUCCAUUAUAUGAAUAAGCUGGCUGCCAUUGUCCUCCGAAGCCUCAAUCCAGAACUAGAUCAAUCUGUGGAAGUACAUGUGGGAAACCCUUUUAUAUUACUGCAACAGAGCCCUUCUCAUUUGCUUUCGCAGCUUUUGUUUGAAAAGCAGGUUGUUCCUGACAGGUUGUCUUUGCUGCUGGCCAAUGAAGAACUGAACUUAAAUGUACAGCAAGUGAUCAUUAACUGUUGCUGUAAGGCACUGCCUCUCUGUAGCACCUGGCAAAGCAGCCAGACAAGGUCUCUUGUGACCAAUAUUAACAGUCUAGCACACUUGCAUGCGUAUCAUUGUCUGCCUGAUGUUGAGAUACCAGUCCAUCAUCCAGCCAUGGACCCUGAGGAUCCUGACACACACCCCUCUUCCGUUCUGUGUGAGCAGAACCAGCACAUGCUCACAGCUUCUACCCUCAAUUUCCUGAAAUCUCAGUCGAAACUAACUGCUGCCAUAGCUUGUUUGAGUGUAUCAAAGGUCCAGCGAGUUUCCAGACAGAGCCUGUCAUGGAUGGAAUUUCGAGGCAAGCGGGAAGUUCCACUGUCUGUUGAUCAGAUUACUAAGGAAUGUGAAGCCCUAUUAAAAGAGUUCCCACUUCUGGAGACCUUUUUGCUUACUAUGUAUGAACCCCUGCGGGCCUCUCAAGAUGAAGGAAACAGCUUGGCUAGUGGGCUUUGUGGCAAGUCUUGUAUAUCCUUGCUUUUCCUGGGAUUGCACUCUGAUGUGGCCAUUGAGGCCCUGAUGGAGACCUUUGAGGAAGCGCUCACAGCAGGGGAUUGGCCCAGAGCCCUGAAAGUCUUGGAUCUCUACAGCCAGGAUAUGGAAGAGCUAAUCUCUGUGCGGGAUGCUGUCCUGAGUUGUGCCGCUGCUGACGGUAAGGAGAGUUGGCAAUAUCUGUUCCCAGUUAGAGAUGCUAUGCUGAGGAGCAGGUUAGCCCUUCGCUUUUUGGAUCGGUGGCCACUGGAGGCUUGUCUGGAGAUCUUAGCCUAUUGCUCCUGUGAUCCUGAGGUGUCUGAAGAGCUGAGAUCUGAUCUACAAAGCAAAACAAGAGAGCUUCAGGUUUAUCAAAAGAUUCUAAGUCUGCAAGAUAUCCCAAUAUGGCAAGACUGGCAGGACCUGAAAAAAACCUGUAAGGAAGAUCCCCAGACUAUUAUAGCAAUGAUUCUAGAAGCAAAGGAUUAUGAAUUAUGUGAAGAAUGGGGUGACUUAUAUCCUGUUCCACGGGACAAUUUGAUCAGCCUUCACCAAGAGCAUCUCCUUCACUUGUUAGAGAUGGGAGACAUGGAAAAGGCUUUGCAGCUCUUGCAAAGGAUAGAGGAUCCAGACAUUCAACUUGUCAUAAGUGAACAGUGUCUUGACAAACAUCCCAGCUUGGCAGCUUCUCAUUUCCUUGCAGAUUAUCUCACAACAUACUUCUACAAGCACUUAACAGUUAUGCGCCAUAAUGAAAUUCAGGCCCUUUAUAUGGGAUCAAAGGUAUUACUAACUCUUCCUGAGCCUUACCGGGGUAGCUACUCCCACCUGUCCUGCAAGCCGCUGCUUAUGCUGGAACAGCUCUUGAUGAACAUGAAAGUGGAUUGGGCAGCUGUGGCUGUGCAGACCCUGCACCAGCUCUUGGUGGGGCAAGAGAUAGGUUUCACCAUAGAAGAUAUUGAUGCUUUGCUCUCCAAAUAUGCUGGGAAAGCCCUCGAUUUUCCUUUCUCAUUAAAAGAGAAGAGAUCAGAUUCUAUGAUUCAGAUUCCAGAGAGUCUGUACCGAGGAUCGGAGUCUGAUACCUUGUCCAAAUCAGAAUCAACAGAUCAAUUUCCAGCCAGUUUUCCUGACACAACCCAUUCUUCCAGCCCAGGAGAGAAAAACCAGCAGCAGACUGUCUCCCCUCAGGAGUUUGUGCCACCUGAUAAGCCCCCACCAAAACAGCAAUGGAUUCCAGAUGAAACUGAAGACACGUGUAUGGUUUGCCGAACUGAACGUUUUUCUAUGUUUAAUAGACGGCAUCAUUGCAGACGUUGUGGGAGGCUGGUGUGUAGUUCCUGUUCUACCCAAAAAAUGGUGGUGGAAACUUACAGAGAAAAUCCAGCUCGUGUGUGUGACCAGUGCUAUGCUUAUGGCAACAAGGAAAGUCCAGCCACCUUGUCUGAUGAUAAGAAAAUUUCAAAAGAGGAGGCUCCAGAUCAAGAAGAAGAAUGCCUGUCUACAACAGCAGCAGCCUCUGAUAAUGAAUGCUCAGAUUUCUAUGGAGUGGUCCAAAUACCAAGGGUGGCAGAACUUGAGUGGCUUCUCUCUUUGAGGGAUGAAGAGAAUGAAAUUGUGCGUGGCGAGUUUUAUUAUGAGCAAGCUCCCAGUGCAUCCUUAUGUAUUGCCAUCUUCAAUCUGCACUCAGACAGCAUAGCCUGUGGCCACAAAUUGAUAGAGCACUGCUGCAAACUGUCCCGAGGUCUGACAAACCCUGAAGUGGAUGCUGGUCUCCUCACUGAUGUCAUGAAACAGCUACUUUUUAGUGCCAAAAUGAUGUUUGUAAAAGCUGGUAGGAGCCAGGAUUUAGCUCUUUGUGACAGUUACAUCAGCAAAGUGGAUGUGUUGAAUAUUUUAGUAGCUGCUGCAUAUCGUCGUGUACCAUCUUUGGAUCAGAUCCUGCAACCUGCAGCAGUUACAAGGCUAAGGAAUCAACUUUUGGAAGCUGAAUACUAUCAACUAGCAGUGGAGGUUUCAACAAAGACUGGUUUGGAUCCAGCUGGAGCAUGGCAUGCUUGGGGUAUGGCUUGCCUUAAAGCUGGCAACCUGAAUGCUGCCAGAGAAAAAUUCAACCGAUGCCUAAAAGCCCCGCUUGACUUGAAUCAACUAAAUCUGGGCUCAAGACUGGUCCAAGAUGUGGUACAGUACCUGGAAUCCACUGUAAAGCCCAUUCUGUCUGUGCAGGAUGAUGACUACUUUGCAACUUUGAGAGAACUGGAAGCAAUGCUACGGACGCGAAGCCUGUCCCUGGAGAUGACACCUGAAGGGAAAAUUCAACAUAACACCUAUUAUCAAGAGUGUCUUUUUUAUUUACAUAAUUAUGGCACCAACCUGGCAAUCAUUAGUUUCUAUAUGAGACAUGACUGCAUGCGAGAAGCACUCCUGCAUUUAUUGAAUAAGGAGAGCCCACAGGAAGUGUUUAUCGAAGGAAUCUUUGUCCCAAGUUAUAAAGGUGGAAAGCUUCAUAUGCUGGAAAACUUGCUGGAAACCAUUGAUCCAGGCUUAGAGAGCUGGGGUGACUAUCUCAUUGCAGCUUGCAAACAUUUGCAGAAAAAGAAUUACUACCACAUUUUGUAUGAGCUGCAGCAAUUUAUGAAGGAUCAAGUUCGUGCCGCUAUGACCUGCAUUCGGUUUUUCACACACAAGGCAAAAUCUUACACUGAAUUGGGAGAAAGGCAGAAGUGGCUCUUGAAGGUCAAGGAUCACCUCAAAGUUUACCUUCAGGAAGUUUCACGUAGUUCAGGAAGGAAAAAGUCUGUGUGCAGUUUCCGUAAGAAAAUGUCUGCUCCUGAUGUGUCAAGACACAUCAAUACAGUUGAACUUCAGAUGGAAGUUACAAAAUUCCUGCAUCGAUGUGAGAAACAAGGGGCCUCAUCCACAGCCACCUUUACAGUACCCACACUCUUUGGGAACAAUCAAAUGAAGAUGGAAGUUGCUUGCAAGGUCAUCUUGGAAGGCAAAAACAUUGAAGAAGGCUUUGGGAUUGCAUUCAGAGUUCUACAGGACUUCCAGCUGGAGGCUGCUGCAGUGUACAAUAAAGUGGCCAGGCAGCUGGUGAAGCAGCAGAACUACGGCGAGAUCAGACAGCUCCUCAAAUGUAUCAAGGAAUCUGGUGCUGCAAAUAAAAAUGAUGGGGACAAUGUCAUCCUAAACUGCCUAGAUGAUUUUGAGUCUGUUCCUGCUGAGGAAUUAGACAAUCUGAUACAGGAUAUGGAGAGUGAUGAAAAUAAGAUCCAAGCAUACUUGAGAUGCCACAAGCUACGGUCUGCCUACCUGGUCUCAGUGAAACAGGAAAACACGAGGGCUGUGCAGUUGGUCCAACACGUCCGACAGUUGGCUGAGGAUAGUGGAGAAGAUGUUGUGCAGGCCAUUUGCACCCAGUGGCUUUCAGUGCAUCACACCAAACCAAGAAGUUGGCUCACCCAAACCUCAAAGAAAUGACUAGUGUGUCGUUUGGUGUUUCUAUAAAGGGAAGACUAUGUGUGCUGGUUAGUACACCUUAGUCUACAUUUAGUAGCAAGUUGGAAAGGAGCUCUACUUAAAUGCCUCCGAUGAAAGGGAAAGGAUCCAGUUCCUAAAAGUGCCAAUCAUAUCCUGAUGACAACCAACUACCUCUACCAGAAGUGUUUAGUCAUUCAUUUCCUUCCUUCUCUUCCAUCAUCCACACCUUUCAGUCUUGCUUUAGCCAAGGAUUUUUUAAGACACGUAUUGCUUAGCAUUAUUUCAAAAGCCAUAUCUGCUAAUUUGUAGCUGGUUUAGUCUAACACAGGAAGUCAUAAAACAGAAUAAUGUUCCUUUCUAAUUAAGAAACAGAUGUUACACUUUGCAGAUUGUGGUUAUCUGCUAUGGUUUACUUUUGCAUAGAAAGUAUAAUAUGUGCCAUUUUUAGUAGGAACUAGAAAACAAUGAUCUACUUUACAGUGAGGAAUUGCAUUCUUCUGUUUGGAAAAGGUAUCACUGAGUUGAGAAGCAGGUCCUGAAAGUCGUAUUGGCUCCUGUGUGUGUAGCUUGACUCUUCUGGAUAAAAUAGGUGCUGCAUAAGAUAUGUGGCUGAAAAGCUCACAGUUGUAUGUUCUGCCCAGCCUCUUCAAGCAGUGGAAAGGAAGGAAUGUUAAGGAUCUUGUAACUGAUCACCCAACUCAAUUAGCUGAAUAUGUUCAAACAGGUGGGGAAUGUGCAGUCCCUGGACAGCAUAUUUCCCCAGGUAUUUUGCCACCCAAUCCCAAUUUUCAUUCUCAAAAUAAGUACAUUUUAAAUUUUUUAAAAGUUAAUAAUUUGUGUGCUCCAAAUCAAUUUAGAAAUUGAUAUAUACCCUUCUGAAUUUAGGAUUGUCUUGUCUAAUACUCAUCUUUUGUCAUCCUUUCCCAAAUUGGGUGAAGAUACCACUGAGAGUACAUAGGUCUGCUUUUAUGUCUUCUCAGAGGGAUUGAACAAUCCCUAAUGCAGAAAGGACAUGGACCAGGAGCCAGUUUUCCAUUCUCAGUGGAACCACAAUUAGCCAAGCAGGCUGUUCAUGGUUUUAUAAAAAUAUGGGAAAAGGCAGCAUGUGGUUUCACAAGACAAAUUGCCAUUUCUGGGUACUUCAAGGUGUGGCAGUGCGCCUUUUUCUUUCUCUUGUCAGUUGCCGAGGACUAUAACAAGCUGUUGGGAGUCAACAAGAGAUCUUCCUGUUGUGUCCCUUCUCUUUGUUCUAAGUAAAAGGAAUCCGAUACUAUUAUCUGACAUUUUAUCCAUCGCAAAUGUGAGUUAAGGAAUAGUACUUCUUUCUGUGUCUUGGAAUGUAAGAAGUUCUUCAUAUAUGUUCAUUCUUUAUGAUUUGAGUGUGUGUCGUUUUGUUAGGUGACUAUUGUUUUCCCACUGACCUUGAUUGAAAAUCUCAGUGAUUGUGAGCCCAGUUUCCAGUAAAACCAAGGUCCUGAUUGACCUCAUGUCUUAUGAGUGCUGUCACAGCCACAGACAUCAGUUACGCUUUGGCUCAUUGGAUCUGGUGCUCAGAAAUAGCUUGCAGCUUACGCUGUUGGGGAUGGCUACAUUUAGCUUCCAGAUUCUCCCACCUCCCAGAUUUUGAAGCUUAUCUCAUUAGGAAUGCAAGGCUUACACAAGCUGCUUUUGUUGUCUGUCUGAGCUAAAUUUCCAUUCUAAUCUAGUUGGGUGUGUUACUGUGAUGCUUUUCUCCAAGGAAGAAGAGAAGAGAAGCACUGUGUAUCUUAAGUCACUUUUGUUCUUUAAUAGCUGAAGCUUUUGCUGCAUAUGUCCCACUCUCAUCAGAUAUCUCUGACAUUUUUCACACCGGGAAAACAUGUUGUAUUUAAUGAGCAUAAAUGGUUAAUCUGUGUUUCCCCUUGCACUGUACUUUACGCACUUUACACUGUUUGUAUCUCAACAUUCCUUAGCAAUUCCUGCUAAGGAUCACUUUCUUACCAGCAAAACCUGCCCUGUAUCAUAACUAUUUCAAUCAAGGAGCUCAAAACAUGAACAUGUGUUAAAAGCAUGGAUGGGAAAUGAGCCUCUGCCACCAAUCAACAAGAAUAAAAUGCAUUUGGUCAUUA